AACUAAUCAUGAUAGUGUUACUUGUGUUGUGUUGGCUGAGCUUUAGUCUCUCUCAAUCUAUUUCCUUUAGGUUCUUAUACACUAGUUGUGGAUUUCUUAAUAGAAUGGUUCAGUUAUUGUUCUUGUUUCAUUUUUAUUAUUAAUUUGACUUUGGUUUUAGGCAUGGCGGCGACAUCCCAAGAAACAUAUAAAAUAUGAAAAGUUUCGGAUAAGACAUGCCUUGCAUUGGGACAAGGUAUGGAGUAUUAGAACUUGUAAUUUCUGAUGAUUUUUAGCCUUUUGAAAAUUUGGAGCAGCAGGAACACAUGGAGGAGGUGGUCCAGCAGCAACACUUGGGGGAAGAGGUGAAAAACUUGAGUGUUCAAUGUAAGCUUUUGGUAUCAGACUUCAACAUGACUAUUGGAAACCUGGAAAUAGGGCUAGCUACGAGGAUGAAAUGUGCCGCUCAUGAUGGUCACCUCGACGUUGUUAAACGUUUGAUUGGAUUUGGGGUAGAUCCUAAUAAGCCUGAUUAUGAUGGCAGAACACCUUUGCAUGUCUCAGCAUCAAAAGGAUAUGUAGAUAUUUCUUCCUUUCUUGUUGAACAAGGAGUAAAUAUCAAUUCCACAGAUAAAUUUGGAGCCACUCCCUUGCUUGAAGCCAUCAAGUAUGGACAUGAAGAACUAGCAUCUUUACUUGUUAAUUCGGGAGCGAUCCUUACUAUUGAUGAUGUUGGUAACUUUCUCUGCAUGACUGUUGCAAAGAAGGACUUGGACCUUUUAAAAAGGGUUUUGUCUUGUGGAAUCAAUCCAAAUGCCAAAAAUUACGAUCACCGUACACCUCUUCACAUAGCUGCCUCUCAAGGUUUGAUUACAAUGGCUGAAUUACUACUACAAGCAGGAGCAAGUGUUUUAUCUAAGGACACGUAUGGACCAAAUAUUGAAUGGGGAAAUACACCUCUUCUUGAAGCUCAUACCGGUGGAAAUAGAAAUAUGAUCAAAAUGCUCGAAUUAAGUUGCUAAAGUUUCUCAGUUGGCUGAGUUGUCCAGUAGUAUUCAUGAAACUCAAGCAACACCAAUGUUGCAGUCAAGAAAUGAAAUUCCCAGAAAGAGGUGUAUAGUAUUUCCUUUCAACCCAUGGGAUCAGAAAGAGGAAAGAAAAGAGGGAGUGGUCCUAUGGGUUCCACAAAGCAUUGAAGAGCUUAUAAAGGAAGCGUUGAAACAUUUGGACAUUCCAAAUGGUUCCUGUAUUUUAUCAGAACAAGGUGGCAAAAUUCUUUAUGUGGACAUGAUUUACAAUGAUGAGAAGCUAUUUCUGGUGAAUGAAGCACAGAAUGGGGUGAAAAAUUCUGGUUAUCCCAGUGUCCAGACACAGAAGUAGGAUCAAAAAUUGUAAACGCAGUUACGACUAGCUGGUUAAAAUACCUUUCCUCAGCCCACAAAUUUUUCUAUUCCAGAUCAGAAAGUGUAGAAAAUAGAUCCAGAAACUAUGUUCAAUCAAUUUGCAUUGUAUGUCUGCAGUUGUUGUUAGUACAAACGAAUUAUUUAGCGAAAAAUGUAUCUCUCACCACUGCGAAAGGCUUAUAUGUUUCAUUCUUAAAUUAAUAAUUUAUUUUUCCAGGGAAAUGUUUUAAUGAAAAGGAAAAAAGAGGAUCUUAACG